AUAAAUUUCUUGCUUCAUUUUUUUUCUUCUAGUUUUCUUGGAAUAUAUAUAGAAGCCUUGAAUCUCUCUGGAAAUUAGGGCAAGCUAGUUACUAGACUAAUUAAUUAGCUAAUUGGGUAAACAAAAAUGAGAACAAGUUGUGAUUUUGGAGGAGGUGGCAUAGUUAAUGUCCUUAAUGCUAACAUGUAUGGAAAUGGAUCACAAACAUUGGUUCUUGCUCAUGGAUAUGGAACAGAUCAAACAGUGUGGCAUUUCCUCAUUCCUUACCUUGCAUUAUACUUCAAAGUCUUGGUUUUUGACUUGGCUUUCUCACCAAAUGUGAGGCCUCAAGUUUAUAAUGAAAGCAAGUAUGGUUCAAGUUAUGAUGGAUAUGCUGCUGACUUGGUGUGCCUUCUUGAUGAACUCAAUUUGAAUGAGACUAUAUAUUUGGGUCACUCCAUGUCUGCCAUGAUUGGAUGCUUGGCUGCAACAAAGAGACCAGAACUCUUUAAGCAUCUAAUCUUACUCAGUGGUUCUCCAAGGUACCUGAAUGGAGAAGGAUACAAAGGAGGGUUUGAGAGAUCAGUUUUGGACACAAUCUUCAAAUCAAUAAAGCAAGAUUUCCCAAGUUGGGUACACACCUUUGCUCCAACCGCUAUUGGUGUAAAGAACCAUCCAUCUGCUGUUGCUGAGUUUGAAGACAGCCUUCUAAGAAUGAAACCAGAAGUGGCACUUAGUGUUGCCAAAACUGUGUUCUUAAGUGACCAAAGAUGGGUUCUGCCACAUGUUUUUGUUCCUUGCACCAUAAUCCAAUCCAAAAAAGACCCUGUUGUUCCAAAACAUGUUGCAUUUUACAUGAAGAGAAACCUUAGUAAUAAUGGUGCUAAUAAUAGUGCCAACAAGGUCAAGAUUCUCAAAACUCAAGGUCAUUUUCCUCAGCUCACUGCUUACCCUUUGUUGUUGAAAGUUCUCAAGGAUGAAUUCUUUGCUUGAAAUUAGAGCAUGACUAUUAUCAGAUUAUUAUUCACAUGAUAA